CCGGAGGUUGAAAAAAGCUAAAAGCGCUAAAGAAAACAGCAACAGUGGUUUAUCCGCAUCCAGCGUGAGACACACUCAAACGUUGGAGCAAUUACCAAACCCAAUCAAGUCCCUCAACUGUCAACGUAAUUUCCACGUUCUACCCAAACCCCACACACCUCGUUUUGAUCGAAUUCUCUUUCUCUUUCCCUUUCUCUUUCUCCUGUUCCAACAUCACUCUCUUUUCCGUUACCGUUCACCUUUGUAAAUCUUUGGAUGCCUCUAUGCAUCAUCUCCCUUCGUUUCUACACUUUUCAAUUUCUUCUCCUUCAACUCAAACUCACUCCGCGGAUUAGGAUUACUGAUUAGGUGAAUUGAUUGGAUUGGAGAAUUGAGUGUCGAUGGGGGGUGAAACGGUGAACGGGUCAUGGUUCAGUUCUUUGUGGCCAGUCUCUCGGAAGAGUGCAUCAUCGGAUAACAAGGCAGUGGUGGGAAUUUUGGCAUUGGAAGUUACAGGGUUGAUGUUGAAGGUGGUUAAUUUAUGGCAGUCUUUGAGUGAUAGGGAGGUAUUGAGUUUGAGGGAAGGGAUUGUGAAUUCAGUUGGAGUGAAAAUGGUGGUGUCUGACAAUGAUGAUUACUUGAUGGAACUUGCGAUGAAUGAGAUACUUCAUAACUUUCAAUCUCUUGCACGUUCGGUGGCUAGGUUGGGUAAGAAAUGCGUGGAUCCAGUUUAUCAUCGUUUUGAACAUUUUGUUCAUAACCCAGUUCAAAAUUAUUUCAAUUGGUCUGGGUGGGAGUAUAGGUGGAAAAAGAUGGAGAGGAAAGUGAAGAAAAUGGAAAAAUUUAUUGCUGCUGCGACACAGUUUUGCGAAGAGGUUGAGGUGCUAGCAGAGGUUGAACAGACUUUCAGGAGAAUGCAGGCGAAUCCGGAAUUGCAUCGGGUGAAACUGCUUGAGUUUCAGAAGAAGGUUAUGUUGCAGCGGCAGGAAGUGAGAAAUCUCAGAGACAUGUCUCCAUGGAAUAGAAGCUAUGAUUAUGUUGUCCGGUUGUUGGCGAGAUCACUAUUUACGAUCCUGGAGAGGAUCGUACUUGUCUUUGCAAAUAAACACCCACCAACUGUACAACCACAUAAUGAUUCUCUGCAUAUGAACUCUAACAAUCUUCUGCGAAGCCAUUCCUUUUCUGUUAUGCAUUCGUCUGUUUAUCCUUCAGAGAAUGAUCUCUACGGAUUGAAUUCAUACUCGGGCUUUUUAGUAGGCAAGGGGAAAAGAACGAAGAAACAGCAGAAGAAAGAAGAACUUGUAUUCUUCAGAAAGAACACACAUUCAGAAACCAAGCACUUGGGACAUAUUAUGGGAUUCAAAGGUUGUAUGUCUGCUGCAAACGAUUCUCCUGUCGUACGGAGCUGUAUGCAGACAAAUGGUGGCUCCAUGAGGUUGACUGAUUGUCAUUUGAAAUCUGUUGAUAAAAUGAGAACAGUGAAUGAGUCAUCUCUCCCCAACAGAGUUAGAAUAUAUUCUAAAUUAUCCACCAAUAACCUGUUAAAGCCUGCUUCCAAAUCCCUUGGUGAUGCAGCUCUUGCUCUGCAUUAUGCCAACAUGAUUGUAUUGAUUGAGAGGAUGGUGACAUCACCGCACCUGGUUGAUCUUGCCACAAGAGAUGAUCUAUACAGUAUGCUUCCAACUACUGUAAGAACUUCUCUAAGGGCAAAGCUUAAAAGCCAUGUAAAAGGUAAAUCUUCCUCCAAUCAUCAUGAUGCAAACCUUGCUGCAGAAUGGAGUCUGCUACUUGCACAGAUGUUGGAAUGGUUGGCUCCACUGGCACAUAACAUGAUAAGCUGGCAUUCUGUGAGAAAUUUUGAGAAGGAGCACUCAAUUUUUAACGCAAAUGUUUUACUUGUUCAAACUCUUUACUUUGCAAACCAGGCAAGAACCGAGGCUGCAAUAGUUGAUCUUCUUGUUGGUCUCAAUUAUGUGUGCAGAAUUGAUACAAAAGUUGGCACAAGAGAUACACUAGAUUGUGCUAGCACUAGAACUUUUAAUGGUGUUCGUUUAAGAAAGAAUGGAAUGUACAAUGAAAUUUUAUAGACUGCGACAUUAACAAGGUCUGAGGGUUAAUGGCAUUAACUCUGUACAGUGCAUUUAUUUUUA